AUGUCCAACGCCCUUUGGUCCAAUGGAUUAGACUGGACUGAACAAGGUGAGAAGAAUGUAUCAAUGUCUUCUGCAUAUUAUCGUUAUGUGAAACCAAUUACUGGAAAGAUGGAUGAAUUUGACACAAAUAACGGCAAUAAUUGGGAUAACAAUGGCACUUGGAAUAUCGUUGAUGAUAAUGUCGCCGAUAAUUUUUUUACUUGGCCUGACAAUAAUAACACGACCGAGUCUCCUAAUUGGGACACUCCCGAUGAUAACACUGUCGUAGCGUCACCAACAAAUAAUUUUUUAGAUGAAUCUUUUAAUUGGUCUAAUAAUGACUUUGAUGAUUUUUUCGAAAAUUCUCUUGAAAGAUUCAAAAAUGAUUUAUUACGGGUCUUUACUGAUUUUUAUUAUGAAUGGCAAGGUCCUUCUAGUGAAAAAACCUUACCAUCACGGAAUGAACAAAAACAAAUUGUCAAUGUUAACGAAAUUGAUGGAGAACUUGUUAUCCAUGGUAUCAUUAGGACAUUUACAUUUCUUUGA